AGUCUUAUCACAUUUAAUGUACUUAAAAGAUGCGUAGGGUAUCGAACCGAUGUUUGACGAAGAGCCGGUCGAUGAAGGCGUUAGGGAAGGCGCAGGGUGGGGGUCCGAGGGCGAGCCGCCGCAGAUGCUGUGGGUUUCGGAAGAGAAAAACGUUGGUGCAAUAAACUGCAUUGUAACUCUUAAAGACCUACUCGUCACCGCAUGCAGCGAUGGCGGCGUGCGAGUGUUCCGCUGGAGUGAGCGGCGCGGCGAGCUGAGAUGCGAGCGCACUCUGCUCGCUCACCGCUUUGCCGCCGCUGCGGUGGAAUUGGCUGACGUGGGCGCCGCCAGUACGCUUUUGCUCAGCGCGGGCCUAGACGGCCGCGCACUCCUCUGGGAUCUCCACUCAGACUGCGAGCUGGGUUCUGUGUCGGUGGGGAGCGCGCGGGGCGCGGGGGGCGUGCCGGGCGCGGGUGGCGGCCCGCUGCCGGAGUUAUUGCCCGACCUGUUGGCGCUACUACGACGGCUGUAUCUGGAGGAACAAUGUUAUAUUCAAGAAAACAAUAAUUUAAAAACAAAAUUUAAAGAAGGAUGUAAUUCGGAGAAUUUGAAAGAAAAUGAGCAGCUAUCGAAACGUCUCGAAGACGAAAUCGAGUGGCUGCGGCGCGAGCCUCCCGCUCCAGAACUGGAGGCGCGCGCGCCGCACGCUCUGCGCUGCCCGCUGACGCACGCGCUGCUCCGAGAGCCGGUGCGCGCCGCCGACGGCUACACCUACGAACGUGCAAACAUACUGGAUUAUUUCUUUGCCAAUGAAGCGGCUGUGUCGCCGCUGACGGGCCGCCGUUCAUAG